UGUUUGCGUGGGCGGGCAGCAGUUACCCACAACUGUGCGAAUAAUAAAUAAGUUCGGCUGGGAAAAUGUUUGAUAAUGGCCAGUCAGCAUUAGUCCUGACCCAAUCGCCAUGUCCGAGCGCCGAGGAGUGCACGAGAUACCCGGGGACUACCAGCCAGUGCCCAGGGAGCAGGACGAAGCCACUCCAGUGGCCACAUCCUGCUGCCGGCGUCCCAACUGCAACUUUGUGCUCCAGGAGGAGCGGAAGGUUUGCUGCUGCAGCCACGGCUACAUCAUACCCGUGUUCAUACUCUUCGUCCUGGUUAUGAUUGUCCUUCUGUUGCCUUGGGAGACCUUCCACCGAAACGAGAACGCAAACAGCCCCGUUCCCGUGGAACAUCCGUUGCCAUGUCAACUCGAACUGGUCGAGAGCCUGCCGCUGGGGUUGAACUACAGCCAAGGGGAGAGGGCAAGCCACCCCCAACUGAAGAGCACCUUUGAGGCCUUUCAGUUGCUGCUGGGCAGGGCAAGGACUUCGCUGGACAUAGUAUCGCCGCACUGGACACUGCGCGGAUUGGACGUGAAUGACACUAGCACUGGGCCCGGAGAACACCUCUUUCAGCGCCUGCUCGCCAACGGAGAUGUCGGCAGACCCAAGCUGCGACUGCGGAUCGUGGUCAACCGCAGCCAGGAUAGCCUGUGGCAUGCGGAUGCCCGCAUCCUGGCCAAUUACGGAGCUGCCGAUGUCGUGGGCAUCAAUUACCUGCACUCCAAGCUCUGGUUGGUGGACGGUGAGCACUUCUAUCUGGGCAGCGCCAGCAUGGACUGGCGAUCGCUCACGCAGCGCAAGGAGCUGGGUAUUUUGGCCAGGAAUUGUCCACAUCUGGCCCAAGAUAUGGCCAAGAUCUUCAAGGCCUACUGGUACCUGGGCAGCAAUGAGGUGCCGGAGUACUGGCCUUGGAUCUACCACACCCACAUCAAUCAGAAAAGACCCCUGUUGCUGAACAUUAACAAAAACCAUACAAUGCGGGCGUACUUAGCCAGUUCGCCACCGGGAUUGGCGGCCACUGGAAGGAGCCACGAACUGGAUGUCAUUCUGGAAGCCAUCGAUAAGGCCACCGAGUUUAUAAGCCUCGCCCUGAUGGACUAUUCUCCGCAGUUAAGGCGUGGUAACAAGCUGGAGUACUGGCCCUUAAUAGACAAUGCCCUGCGACGGGCUGCCUUGGAGCGGGGUGUGGCCAUCAAGCUGCUCAUUUCCUGGUGGAAGUACACGGAUCCCAGCGAGGAUCACUUCUUGAGGUCCUUGCAGGCUCUCAACAAAGUGAGGGAGGAAGUGGACAUUCAAAUGCGUCGCUUUGUGGUGCCGACCACGGAUGAACUGGAGAGGAUUUCCGGUGGGAGAGUUAGCUGCAAUUCCUAUUUGGUCACCGAGAGCGUUGCCUUUAUUGGUACCUCCAGCUGGUCGGGGGAGCACUUUACUCACUCAGCCGGCAUUGGAUUGGUCCUCCAGGACAUGGACUACAACAACAACAGUCUGCGCACCGACUUGCUGGCCAUUUUUCAGCGAGAUUGGUUUAGUCCUUUUGCCCUGCCUUUGAAGCCAAAUUUAAGAAUUUGA